CCCAGCUGAACUCUUCUCCGCACAAAUUCAUCUCUAUUUGUCUGAAACCAAGAGCUCAGCUCAGGAAAACACAGAGAUGUCGAACUCUCUACUGCCGCAUGUAACACACAAGAGCUUAACGAAUACUUUCCUUCUUCCAAAGUGCCGCCAUUUUUGCAAUCACGAACUCCUCCCCUGGCCUUCUAGAAUGAAUAGAGAUGGGGCUUGGCAAAGAAGGCAACAGGUUCUGGUCCUGAUAUUUGGAGGUUCGAAUCCUUCCGCCCCUGACCAAACUCCUUGGACUAUUUUUCAUGCUUCUGUACGAGCUGCUUCAAACAUAAAAAGAAGUAAAUAUCCUCAAAAUGUGGAUCUCCCUCCUAUCCUUCCAAAGAACAAGAAAAAGCCAUAUCCAAUUCCACUGAAGACAAUACAGCGGGCUGCAAGGGCAGAUAAGAAAUUAGCUGAAAAAGGAAUAGAGAAGCACCUUGAACCCCCAAAGAAUGGAUUGCUGGUUCCUGACCUCAUUCCUGUGGCACAUGAAGUGCUGGAAGCAUGGAAAAGACUGAUAAAAGGCCUUGCACAGCUCAUAGAUAUCGUCCCUGUCUAUGGUUGCAGCCACUGCACGGAAGUCCAUGUCGGCCCUGUUGGCCACCUCAUCCAAAACUGCCUGGGCCCCAGCAACGUGAAUCGCCGCAGCCUGCAUGAGUGGGUGCGGGGCUCCAUUGACGACGUCCUUAAUCCCACAGAGUCAUACCACCUCUUCGACCCCUUUGGCCACCGUGUCAAGCAUGAUACCCGCUUCCGCUAUGACCGCAUCCCCGCAGUCGUUGAGCUCUGCAUCCAAGCUGGUGUUGACCUUCCCCUAUACCCCUCUCGUCGCCGCCUUGUUCCCAUCCGAAUGCUUGGAAAGAAAGUGAUCGAUCGUGGGGGCUUUGUCGAUGAUCCUGAACCCCUUGUGGGCCCCAUUCCUCCAUCUUGCCUUGGGCUCGAUACACAUGGGAUUCAUCGAUCAGCCGAUCCACCAGCAUUGCCUGCUUCUCUUGUAAAGGAGAUUGCGGAGGAGACUUUGGAGGCUUGGGAGGCAGUGAGGGCAGGCGUUGGGAAGCUGAGAAAGUACAGUGUGAAGGCAUGUGGGUAUUGCUCGGAGGUGCAUGUGGGGCCUUGGGGUCACAAUGCGAAGCUGUGCGGGGCAUUCAAGCACCAGUGGAGGGAUGGGAAGCACGGGUGGCAGGACGCCACCCUUGAUGAGGUGGUGCCGCCUAACUAUGUUUGGCAUGUGCGGGACCCUGACGGGGAGCCGCUGAGAAACGGGUUGAGAAGGUUUUAUGGGAAGGCGCCAGCAGUUGUGGAGAUGUGUGUGCAGGCAGGGGCCGAGAUCCCAAGACACUACAGGCCCAUGAUGAGGCUUGAUAUCGUGAUCCCUGAGUGUGAUGAAGCACGGCUUGUGGCUUGAGGUUUACUAUGUCAUAAAUUAUACCACCAUUGAUAAGAAGAGGUCAAAUGUAUCUAUUGUAAGUAAUCAUGGUAUUUCGUUUUAGAUUAUAGAACUAGAGCUUUGUAUUUCAUUGUAGUUUUGGCUCAGGUAUGAAAAUUUUUGUUUUUAGCUUUGAUUAAGAAUUCCGCAUUCCAAUAAUGAACUGUUAUGGAGAAUUUUUUUAGAAAAUGUGGAUGAUUUGUUUUGAGGUAUUUUUAUUACAUGAUUAGGUUUUGAA